UUUAGUUUCGUCUGCAAAUUCUCCGAUAACGGUGAAUUAUGGCGACAAAAGAAAAGAUCAUGUCUGCUGCAAAACAAUUCAUUAACUACAUUAACAAGACGCCUUCCCCAUUUCAUGCUGUAGAUGAACUUAAGCAGAAGUUAUUAAAGGCUGGUUUUAAAGAAUUACGGGAAACAGAACACUGGGAUAUUAAACCAUUGAAUAAGUAUUUUGUAACGAGAAACCAGUCAAGUAUAAUAGCCUUCGCUGUCGGUGGUCGAUAUCUCCCUGGUAACGGUUUCUCUAUAGUCGGAGCUCAUACUGAUAGUCCAUGUCUAAAGGUUAAACCUAUAUCUGGUAAAGUAAGCUGUGGAUAUUGUCAGGUGGGAGUAGAGUGUUAUGGAGGUGGGAUAUGGGGAACCUGGUUUGAUAGAGAUCUUACUGUCGGGGGUAGAGUUCUAGUUAAGAAUGGAGAUAAGAUUGAACAUCGUUUGGUUCACGUUCAACGACCAAUUCUUCGUAUACCACACCUAGCUAUACAUCUACAACGAGAAAUGAACGAAAAAUUCUCACCAAAUAAAGAGACCCAUCUUUGUCCUGUUUUAGCAACUUGUGUACAGACAAAAUUACACGGAAUUGAGAAACCUGAGGAUACUAAUACACCAAGUAUACUACAGAGUGAGAAACACACCCCCAGUCUGGUAAUCUUACUGUGUGAAGAAUUAUCAAUACAGACGGAGAACCUGUUAGAUUUUGAACUGUGCCUAGCUGAUACCCAACCUGCUGCAUUGGGUGGAAUAUUUGAAGAGUUUAUUUUCGCUCCAAGAUUAGACAAUUUACUUAAUGCAUACACAGCAACUUUGGGUCUGAUAGAAUCAUGUGAUGCCAGUUUAGAAUCUGAUACCAAUAUCAGAAUGACUUGUCUCUUUGACAACGAAGAGGUAGGGUCACAAAGUGCCCAGGGGGCAGGGUCUAGUCUACAGGAGUUAGUUUUGAGACGGCUGUCCACCUCUACUAGUAAUAGUACAGCCUACGAAGAAUCCAUACCUAAAUCUUACAUGUUGAGUGCAGACCAGGCACACGCUAUUCAUCCAAAUUAUUCUGAGAAACACGAGGCCAAUCACCAGCCUGGAUUCCAUAAAGGUAUUGUGAUAAAAUUUAACGCUAAUCAACGAUACGCUACCACCGCUAUAACUACGGCCAUAUUGAGAGAGAUUGCUAGGAAGGUUGAUGUACCAAUACAGGAUUUUGUUGUACGAAACGACUCACCAUGUGGAUCAACUAUCGGACCGAUCAUGUCUGCUAAACUAGGCAUACCUACUAUAGAUAUAGGGGCUCCCCAACUCAGUAUGCAUUCUAUUCGUGAGAUGGGAUGUACGUCUAGUGUACAACAAGCUAUAGACUUGUACAGAGGAUUUUUCCAGCACUAUCCUCAAGUUUUUGAAAGUUUGAAUUUUUAA